AUGUUCGCAACCAACCUUGUCAAACGCAUUGUGCCCGUUCCAGCUGUUCGACCUGAGAGCAGCGCAUUGUCCUCAUUGCCAGCCGAACCACGCUACCCGAAACGGAAGCGUGCCGAUGUGCGAUACAAUUGUGAAGACAACGAAGAUGUAGAGAGCGAUUCCGAAUUGCAAUAUAUUCCGGUAAAGGUCCUCUCUUUCACGGUGUCUUAUGCUUACGCAAUUCACCAACAGCGCGCGCGCAACACCAGACCACCUCCCAAACAUAAGAUUUUCCCCUUCAUGUCUUUGCCGGCGGAAUUGAGGAACAAAAUCUACGAAGAUUGCCUUCCUUCACCGACCAGAUUACCAGAAAACUACGAAGGAAAUAAAGAGGCAAUCUGGUUGUGCUUCAAGCAAAAGCGCUACAGGAGAACUGUCGACUACGUCCCUUCGCUCGACCAAGGCGAAAUAGCUUCGAUGCAAUAUGGCGACUACUCUGCAUCGAGACGUGCAUCUACGCAGCGUGGUCGUAUAGUCCACCAUGCCAACAAUGAUAACGAUAACUCGGACUUGGACGUUGAAGAGCCCGAGGCUGGUCCUAGGAGGCUGGGUCCCAAUAUCCUCUCCGUGAGUAAACAAAUCUACGAAGAGGCGGCUCCCAUGAUGUACGCUCAAACGCUCGUCUUCACCGACGUCAAUGCCGUCGUCGCUUUCGCAGCUACACUCUCUCCGCGUACGGCUAAGCUUCUGCGCUCAAUCGAAAUUCGUAGCUGGCAACAAACAAGAUCGCGCAAAUCGCAAGGCUAUAAUGCGAUGGCUAUGCUUGCUGCGAAGGGCGUAACCAAUCUCACUAGCCUGUUCAUCAACUGCUCGAUGGGAUACUUCAGGAGUUACAGCUGGCGAAACAAUAGAAGAGAGACUGCUGUACCAAAGAGAAUAGCGAGAAAGGUGUAUCGAGACUGCCACUUGUGGCUGGAAAUCAUGGGAUCCACGCAUGGGGAUUUGUACAAGGGAAUAGAGGUGUUGAAGCUCAGUGGGGCAAUGUUUGACAGCGAGACAUCAUGGAACGAGGUCGAAGAAGAAGACAAGACUGUGUACAAGAAGGAGCUGCAGAGAUUGUUGAGGGAGGGCGCUUGGUGA